ACCUGUGCGCGUGCACGCCGAUGAUGAGGAUGUGAUGAUGAUGAUGAUGGUGGAGUUCGCGCUUCUGGACUUUGAAGGACAGACGCCUGGCAUCAGGCUGUGAGAGGGCGAGAGAGACUCUUUCUGCUGUUGGUAAUGAGAAGGAGCCGCCCCUCGUCCAGCUGGCGGGUCUCCAGAUGUGUGUGGCUGCUGAUUGGAGGAGGCUGCACUGGUGGGUGGUGCUCCAGUGGGUAGUGGGCGUGGCUUUAUCAGCCCCGUGUUCCCAGCGCUGCGACUGUGUCCCGAAGCUCCCCAUCGUGAACUGCUCAUCCAGACAACUAGCGUCUGUUCCCGACGGCCUUCCCGACGACACCGAGACGCUCAACCUGUCCGGGAACCAGCUGAGGACGCUGACGCGGCGCCAGUUCUCCGGGCUCACGCUGCUACGCGAGCUCGAUCUCAGCGAGAACAUGCUAACGGCGAUCGAGGCCGAAGCCUUCGCCGGCUUGCAGGACCUCCUCAAGCUGAGACUUGCUCGCAACCGGCUCAAGAUCAUCCCAGUCGGAGCGUUUUCCGGCCUUCCCAACGUUCAGUUUCUAGACAUUAGCGAGAACGAGAUUUUAGUGUUUCUCGACGAUAUGUUCCGAGAGAUGCCGUCGCUACAGAAACUUGAGGCUAGCGAGAACGACCUGGUGUUUAUCUCGAACCGGGCCUUCGGUGGCCUGGCUAAUCUCCAGGAGCUGAAUCUGGACCGGUGCAACUUAACGUCGGUGCCGGUCGAGGCGUUGUCGCCGCUAACCGGUCUCCUUCAGCUCCGUCUCUGCAGACUCGGACUCACCUCGCUUCCCAAUCACUCCUUCCGUACGCUAAUCCACCUACGGGAGCUACACGUAUCCCGCUGCCCGUGGUUAGACUCGCUAGCCGCUAACAGCCUAAUCGGACUUAAUCUUUCCUCGCUAACGCUUAGCCACUGCAACCUGAGUGCCGUGCCGUAUUCCCCGCUUCACCACCUCGUGUACCUGCGAUACCUGGAUUUAUCCUACAAUCCAAUCACUAUUAUUCUUCCAAAUCUCCUCGGGGAUUUGCUACGCCUUCAAGAGCUGCAUUUAGUCGGCGCCGGAUUGUUGCGUAUCGAACCGGGCGCUUUCCGUAACCUAGCGGGCUUCCGGCUCCUAAACGUGUCUGGGAACCGAUUAGCGACGCUGGAGUCGUCGGCGUUCCACUCGGUCGGGACUUUAGAAGUGCUCCGGUUGGACGGGAACCCGUUAGCGUGCGAUUGCCGACUUCUCUGGGUGAUGCGCCGACGCUCGCGGAUUAGCUUCGGGCGUUCGCCCACCUGUGGCUCACCUGUGCAGGUGCAAGGCCGGAUGCUCCACGACUUCUCCGAGGUCGAGCUUCCCCGGUUGUUCACGUGCCGGCAAGCUCGCAUUCUGACCCGUAAGCCGCAAGACGUUCGUACGGACGAAGGCCACACGGUUUUGUUCUUCUGCGUGGCGGACGGAGACCCGGCGCCGGUGAUCACCUGGAUGAACCCGAAGCGCUCCGCUCUCACCGGUUCGGGGAGGGUCCGUGUGCUUCCCAACGGGACGCUUGAGGUGCGUUACGCGCAGGUGCAGGAUAGCGGAUACUACCUGUGCAUCGCUUCGAAUGCCGCGGGGAACGAUAGCGUCUCCGUUAGCCUGCGUGUGCGCGGGUUUCCGGCGUCCACUCGAAACCGUUCAGGGCCGUUCUUUCUGGAAGGCUGGAGCUUCACGUCGGGACAAGCGCCGGUUAACGGGUCGCAGCCAUUCCCGUUCGACGUGAAGACGCUAGUGAUCGCGGUGACUAUGGGGUUCCUGUCGUUCCUGAGCUCCGUCGCCGUGUGCUUCGUGUUCAUGUUCUUCUGGAGUCAGAGCAAAGGGCAGAUCAAACACACGGCGACCAUCGACUUCGUCCCGCGCAGCUCCGCGUCGGCCAACGGAACCGGUCGGACCACCGUGGAAACGGGCCGGUUUACCAUGAAGCUGAUCUGAGCCUGUUCCAGGUGCUACUAACCCAACAUAUCCACAGUGCAUAAGAUGCAUGAAGCUCCCCGUGUGAAUGC